AUGAGUCAGCCAAUGCCUCCUGAAUUAAAAGAUACCAAUGCCCUUAUAUAUUGCAAUGAUUGUCACGCAAAGAGCGUUGUGCCAUACCAUUGGCUAGGCCUGAAGUGUGAGAUAUGCGAGUCGUACAACACUAUCCAAAGACAGUUGCUGAAUGGUAGUUACGAUCCGGCGCAGCCUACUGAAGGAAGACAGAACCCCGUUACUAGUGGUGGUGAAGGCCUCACCGUCCCUAUACCUGGAGCUUCCAAUGAUCACCGCACCGGAGCCAGGAAUUCCGUUAUUGAGACACCAGGUAAUCAUUUUCACGAGGCAUCUACUGAUAGUAGAGGCUCACAGGCGCGUAGCCUUCCGCAUACAUCUUUUCUUCAUGACUCGAGGGCAACCCCGAAGUCGCCAGUAGUAACGAACUACUUUGCCCUUAGCCGUCAGGAAGAUGUAGAUAACUCGACUUCCCAAUCCAGUGGACGCAUGCGAUUAACCAGAGGAAGCUUUAGUGGUUUCAAUUUUUGGAGUGGUGUAAAUAUAAAGGAAAGGCUCGGGCUAGUUGGGAGCAGUGAUGCCGAAACAGACCCUGGGAGUGAUGGUAGUUCAGACAACGAAGGAGAGAUGGAAGAUGACGAAGACGAGGACGAAAGUCCUGAUACCAUCGAUAUCUUUGGUCACCGCUAG